GUCAGAGCAGGGAGGUCUGGGACAUACGCAGGCAGGGGCUGCACUUGAAGCUGUGGCGUUAACAUGCAGCAGAUGCAGCAGAGAGGGGCUGCAAAGCAAACGCAUUCCUGAAAUAGCAGGAGCCUUUCCGUGCUUAGAUUCUUUCCAGCCCGGAUCAGUAGUAAACAUGGUCCCCCCCCGCCCCCUGCCCAAGAGCAGUGAGAGGGAGGGAAAGCGGAGGGCCUGGCUUACCUGCACCAGGGAUUGCCAAGCCGCCGCCAGCAAGACUGCGUUCCCGCGGGGCUAUGGGUGUUCUCGGACACGCUGUCAGUCAGCCCAUGGGCCAGCUGCCAGGGUGCCCACAACUGCACCCGAGGUGAAAUGCACGGAUGUUGUCCAGGCUUACAUCACGCGGAUCCAGGAGGUAAACCCGCUUGUCAAUGCGAUUGUCAAGGACAGGUUCGAUGCAGCCCUUCAGGAGGCCUCCCAGGUGGACAAACUGCUCUCGGAGGGCCGUGGAGAUGAAGAUUCCCUGCAGGAAAAAUGUCCCUUUCUGGGGGUUCCUUUCACCGUCAAGGAGGCCUUUGCGCUGCACGGCAUGCCCAACACGUCUGGCUUGGUUAGCCGCCGCAACUUGAUCUCCUCGUCAGACGCUUUGGUGGUGUCACGCUUGAAGCAAGCUGGUGCAAUUCCUCUGGGUGUGACCAAUUGCAGUGAGCUCUGCAUGUGGUAUGAGUCUAGCAACAAUGUCUACGGCCGAACGAACAACCCAUAUGACCUGCAAAGGAUUGUGGGUGGCAGCUCAGGUGGGGAGGGCUGUGCCCUGGGGGCUGCCUGCUCCCUCAUCGGGGUGGGCUCCGAUAUCGGCGGCAGCAUUCGGAUGCCAGCUUUCUUCAACGGCGUCUUUGGACAUAAGCCCACCACAGGGGUGGUCCCCAAUGACGGCCAGUUCCCCAAUGCUGUGGGGGUGCGGACGGAGUUCCUGUGCACAGGCCCCAUGUGUCGCUAUGCUGAGGACCUGGAGCCCAUGCUGAGGAUCAUGGCGGGGCCUGGAGUCAGAAAGCUGAAGCUGGAUGAAGAGGUUUCGCUGGAGAAAGUAAAAUUCUACAGCAUGGAGCAUGAUGGGGGCUCGGUUUUUGUGUCCCCUGUGGACAAGGAAAUUCUUCGGGCCCAGAGGAAGGUGGUGGAGCACCUGGAGACGCAGCUGGGGGUCCAAGUGCAGCAUGUAACAAUCCACAAGAUGAAGUACGCUUUCCAGAUCUGGUCGGCUAUGAUGUCCUCCCAGGACAGCGAUGGCCAGGACGCACAGCUGUUCACAGACCUGCUUGGGGACCAUGGGAAGCCCGUGUGGCCGCUGUGGGAGCUGAUGAAAUGGUUCCUGGGGAUGUCUUUUCACACCAUCCCUGCCAUUGCCCUGGCCCUGACGGAGAAGCUGAUGAAACUCACCCCUGGUGGGAAUGCCAAGCUGGUGAGCAUGGGCCGCAGCCUGCGGACGGAGAUGAUGAACUUGCUGGGGUCGGAUGGGCUACUUCUGUACCCUUCCCACCCCGUCGUGGCACCUAAGCACUACUCUCCCUUGGGGAUGCCUUUCAACUUCGCAUACACAGCUGUUUUCAAUGUCCUGGGCUUGCCUGUCACCCAGUGCCCGCUGGGCUUGAACAGUGAGGGCCUUCCCUUGGGAGUCCAGGUGGUGGCAGGCCCGCACAAUGACCAUCUGACACUGGCUAUGGCUCGGUACCUGGAGAAGGCUUUUGGAGGCUGGGUUUGCCCCGGAAAAUCAUGCCACUGAAUUCCCAGGAUUCCCUGAUGGCAGGAACACGGACCAUCCUUUCCCCAACAGCUAGCAGUGGGCAUCGGUGCCUGUCCAUCAGAGGAGUAACCCCCCUUUUCCCCCCACACACAGCCCCACCUCCGCUCUGGAGCAGCCAGGACCCAGGCAGUGGGCAGGUGUUAACGCUCAGCUCCGGCUUCCACCUGGGAGAGGGAAGGAAGGAGCCAGCCUCCCUUUCCAGCCUCUUGCUUUAGGAGCCUCCAAGUUCUCAUAGGUUGGGCCCGCAGGGCUCGUGUGCCUGGCCGCGCCUGCUGGAUAAGGGGGCUGCCACUGGGAGACCCCUACUCUAUUUCUCUUACAGCCAGAGGGCAGGGGUGGGCUGGGCAUGGGGCCUGCUGGAGAGCAGUGGUCAAAACGCCCGUGAAUGCGUAAGACGCUUGCCAUGCAGCCGGCGUGCUCUGCUUCCAUUCCCUGCCACACGUGGGCACUGCGUGCCUGCAGCCCAGCUGAGCUCAGCCGGGCCAACCCUUUCCCUGAGCGGGGGUCCUGUUCCUGUGGCAAGCACUGAGCACCAA